AUGGUGGCUCUGACGGCGCCGCCACCGCGGCCAGAGGAGACGAUACCAAACCUCGAUGAGGUGGAGGUAGCCUUCCGUGAGCUUCUAAGGCAGGGCGCGAGCCUGGACAUGCCGCAAGUCGCGGCGGCGCAGAACGCGCUGCAGAAGGUGCUCCGCGAACACACCCGCCUCCUCACCUACAUGGAGACUCACUCUCGACCGAAUGCAGACGCAGCGUCGGCCACCGCGGACGACGAUGACGAUACCGAGCCUGCUUGCGUGUACACCUUCCGGGUCAUGUACGACGGCGCCAUCACGGCAGUGCACGAUAGCGUCGUGGCUGCCACGCAGCAGCGACAGCGGGCGGCGGGCAGUUUCUCUCGCGCCAAGGCGUCGCUGGAGGCCUCCUCCUCGUCAUCGCUGACUGAGGACGUUCUUCAGUGCAUGGAGACCCUCAUAGAGUCGCUUGGCUGGGCCUUGCACCGAUCCAUCGCUUUCACGGGAGAUGCGCAGAGCUACUUUACCCCUAUGCAGCAGAAGCUCAGUGCCUUGUCCACGCACGCCAUGUCGGCGUCUGAGCCAGGCCGAGCAACACGGUCGUUGUCAUCGACGAGCCCCGCAACGUCGAACACCGCCGUUGCUGCCCUCGCCAUCGUCUUACCGGCCUGGCUACGUCAGGCAAACGUGGCUCUGAGUACACUGUCACACUUUGUCUCCAAGACAUACCCGCACGGGCCCUGGUUCGCGCACCGCAACCGCCGCGCCGUCGUGCGCAGCCGCCGUCUCCGUCACCCGUCAGACGUUGGCGAGGCGCCGUUCGAGACGCUGGUGCGCGCCGCCUCGCGUGUCCAGGACAGGGACGUGGAGGCGCUGUCGGAGGCGGUUCUGCGUGUCGCACAGGCUCACACACAGUGUCUUGCGGCGGUCCGUGCGACGAGCGAGCGACCGAGGGAUCGACCAAGCCUGGCCAAAAUCUUUGCGCCGCUGAACACGUCGCUGAAUGGGCUGACAGCCACGUGUGAGGACGUGAUUCGCCGCCGCGAAGACGACCGCCCGCACGCGCACGCGGUGCUCGAGGCCGGCAAUGUCUUCACGUGGCUCGCGACCGACUUGGAGCCGUGCGUCGUCAUUGAGGAAGCGUUCAGCAGUGCCAACACGUACAUCAACAAGAUCACGGCGAGGGGGAACGUGCUGCUGCUGCAGCAGGAGAACGGCUGCGCUCUUGGGCAGCAGGAGCUGGCCAGGGCGACCGUGACGUGGGCAGCAAUGCUGCGCGAGGCACUGGAGCGGAUGGUGCUACUGGUGCUUUACCGCUAUCCGAGAGCCGUGCCAUGGGGAGAGUCGCUCGAGUCACCGAUGCCCCGAUACAUAAGCAAGCCACGCCCGCCGUCCGUCCCACGCGAUCGCGGAGAGGCUGUGCCUGUCUGGCGCCGCGCACAAACAGCGGCCGAGCAGGUGGCGCGCCGUCCAACGCACCCGCCGUCAUCGACAACUUCAUCCACCGCAGCGCCAGCGCCACCCAUGCCUCGCACACAGGAUGCUCUGGUGGUAGGAGCAAUGCCGCCGCCAAACACGGUGUUGAAGUCCGCUGAGCCGCAACCCACGGACGCGCAGCAGUCGAAACCGACGCCAGAGUGCACGUUCGACGCCGUCACGCAGACGUGGACGGUGCAACACUACCACCAGCCCCUUGUCGGCCCCGCCUCAGGAGCGAAGCAAGAGCCGGUGCUCGUUGUGCUGCCAGAGGAGAAGCUCGACAGCAGCCACCUCGUCCGCAUCCUAGACUGCUUCAACACCUACGUGACGAUCCCGGUGAAGGUGAGGGGGGUCGCUGUAGAGCGCUGCCAGAACUCGAAGCUGCAGCUGGCGAGCAGUGUUGGCCCGGUGCGGAUCAGCGAUACGGAGCGGCAGGAGGUGCUCAUUGAGACUUCGGCGCCGGGCGUGCAUGCGGCGAAGGUGAACGGGCUGACGAUCCACCUCACAGAGGCGUACAACACAUCCAUUGUGACGCGGAUGGCAUCUAACGUGAACGUUACAGUCACGGCGCGCAUGCCGGACGGCGAUCAAGAGGUGCGAGAGCUGGCGCUGCCGGAGCAGUACAUCACCACCAUCAAGGAGGCGGACCAACUUGUCACUCGUGAAGUGACGUACUCCGGCUAG